AGCGAUCGCCGUGCCGCUCGAGGGGGCGGCGGCGGGGGGCCGCUGGGCCGCGCGGGCGCGGCCGCUGGGGGCCCCGGCCACCGCGGUCAGCCCAGGCGGCCGCGCUCAUGGCGGCGUCGCCGGAGCCGUGCGAGGAGGACGACGAGGUCGGCUCCGAGGAGGCCGAGGACUACGAGGGGGAGGAGUACGUGGAGGUCGGCGGGGGCUCGGAGGAGCUCGAGCCGCGCGGGCCCACGGGCGGCGACAGCAGCGAUGACGAGCAGGUCGACCGGGACCAGGAGCUCCUGCAGCCGGCCUGCCUCGCCGUGUCCGGCCCGCCGCUGCCGCCGGGCGCCGAGGCGCCGCGGGACGCCGACGAGUAUCUCCGGAACGUCCAGUGGGAGCGCAUGCACGUGCCCGAGACGGUGGUGGCAGAGGUCGACGAGCAGGCCUCCCAGCGCCGGAAGCGGGCGGGCCUGGUGAACCGGCACGGCCACCUGCUGACGCGGUUCAGCGAGCCGGAGGUGCCCGAGUCGGCCAGGCGCUGCGCCGAGUGGGCGUCGGACGCGGCGGAGGCGGCGGGGCGCGAGCGGCCGUCGCAGGCCUUCUCGGCCUUGCGCGGCCGGUGCGAGUCCGCAAGGUCCUCGGCCUCGGCGCCGCAGCGGUCCUCGAGGCUCACCUUCGAGGCCUGGCACGAGCGGUGCGCGGCGGGCGGCCCCAGCACGGCCUUCCUGGCCGCGCAGGACUUCGUGAGCCUGAACAACCUCGUGGUGGUCUCCGUGGGGAACCUCGUGGCGGCCCAGGAGGGGCUGGCGGAGGCGCCCGCCGGCACGCCGGGCGGCGGCGACCCGCUGCCAGCUGGCCACCUGGACUCGCUGAUGGAGUGGGUGUUCGCGGCGCUGGCGUUCGUGGAGGAGCCCCUGGUGGACGACAUACAGUACCAGCUGCAGCGACUCAGGCGGGCGUGCCAGAAGAUCAGCGUGGCCGCGUGCGGCGAAGGCGCCGACAUGGACGCGGGCACCCACGCGCGCGCGAGCCUGCUGCAGGUGGUCGUCGCCGACGUGUUCGGCCAGAGGUGACCGCGGCAGAGGCGCGCGCCGGAGAAGCCGCCGAGGGGCCGCUGCGGGGCGGCCCGAGAGCGGCGCGGUGCGCGCGGUGCGAGCGGCCCGCGGCGGAGCCCUGCUCGGCCCUCCGCGCUGGCACUCACGCUCGGCUGCUCCGAGGCCGCGCGGGGGGGGGGGGGCCUCGCAGGGUGCCGCCCAGCCGCCCCGCGGGCGCGUUGGCGCGGACGGCUUCGUCUUGGCGGUGCUGCAAGGACGGCCGCGAACCGGUC